UAUUAAUCUUAGCUCAUGUUAAUUUUAGCAUGCACUAAUACAUUUUUUAAUGUUUUAUUAGUUUAUGCACUAACAUGAAAAUAAAAAAAGCUUUUCAAUGGCAGUGUAUACGUAUAUUUACCACUAGGAUACGCAAAAUAGCAGGUGCAUUGGAAAUGCAGUCCAUAGGUAUAAAUAAAAUAUUUUACAUCAACCUCGCCGCCACUAGGGGGCCCCCAAGAGCACACGAAAUUACAGUUUUUUGUGAUAUAUUCACUACACACAUCCAUUUUCUCAUGCAGGGCCGCACCCACUAAUUUUUCAGUGGUGUGUCAAAAUUUGUUAAAUUACUGACUAAACGCAACAUUGCAGUAUCAAAAUAAGUAAGGUGGCCAAUCAAAUGUCACGUCUUCAGCUGUUCAGUAAGACGUUUCAGUUUAAAGUUGAAAUGCUGUGCAACACACGACAUACUGUAAGUGACUAAAAACAUUCAAUAUUUGACAACUGUUUAGUGUUUAACGAUAGAAAUGUUGAACAUCGGACAGUAUUCACUGAUGCAAACGACACAAUGCUGAUUUAGAUUUAAAAUAUGUAUUUUACGUGAUUCAUGUAAUUUAUAAUUAUCUGUUAAUUCAGGGUUUUAUUUGGGAUAAGAGUAAUUGUGUGCAUAUUGUAAAUUAUUUAAUGGUUAUCAAGUAAAAAAACUAAAUGUGUGGCUUUAAAACGGUGUCUAUAGGUUGUGGUUAAAAAAAGAUACUUUAAAUAAAAUCUUUGCAAAUAGAUAAAUGCAUUGAACAAUAAAUUCCACAACCUUUGUGGUCUGUGCUUAAAAUUUAAAGGGACAGUUCACCUAAAAUUGGAAGUAACGAAAUUAUCAAAUGUUUUGACAAUCACAUGUAAUGCAAUGUUUUCUGUAUGUGUUUUUGCGAAAUUCCUACAUCCCAAACACAGCUAACAGAAUUGGGUGCAUUAAUAAAAUGCAAAUAAUCAAACAUUGGCAAUAGUCGAUUGUAUUGUGGGGCAGGGGGACGCCGAAUAAAAGUCUGCUUAGGACCCCGUAAGGCUUGGGCCGGCCCUGUCAACAAUCAAUAUCUUUUUUCCUUACAGAACAAAUUGACUUGAAUUAGAUUUUCUAUCUCGCUGUUGACACAAAUUUUGUGAUUUUCUCCAGAACUUAAUUGUAUACUUAAUUGCUAAAAUCACAGGCUGUUUAAAUAAUCACGCACUUUGCCCAUGGAGGUAAAAGCGCACAACGAUGCACAACGCUUUAAUUCACCUGACGUGUGGGCGUGGCAUCACGUAUGUCAAUCAAUCGCCGAGUCCCGUAUCAACGGAGUUGUUGAACGCCACGGACACGCUAUGACCCUUUGAAAAAACAUGCAUAAACAUGCGCAACGUUUUGUUUGGUACGUGGACGACACCGAUGAUUGCAUAGAAACCAAAGAGGGCAGGAGGAAUUAUCAAGAGCAUUAUUGUCAUUAAUGUGGGUGUGUGUCACUGUGACAGGAUACCGAAUCGGUGCAUGUGUACGUUUCUUCGUCAUGGAUAAUUCACGGGCAUCCUUGAUGUUCAAGGGGGUCGCGGUGGUCGCGAUCGGCAUCGCCGCCGCUUUCGUGAUGAACGUUCAAGAUCCAUCACGCACGCUUUUCGGAGGAGGAUACCCAGAACUCUGGCGGAGGACGGGACUGGCCGGUGCCCCUGCGCGGGCCGCAGCCUGCAUCUUUGUGGGAGUGUUUCUCUUAGCUGUGGGUUGGUUGUACAGACUGUUAUUCGCUCCUCUGGAGCUUCUCCGUGGAGUGGAUGAAGUGGGUUACAUCGCGGAGGACGGGCGCUCCCGUGCGCAAGCGGCCAACGAGGUGCGGCGGAGACGCAAGACUGGAGAAUUACCCCCGGUUUAUCCCAAUGGAUGGUACCGGGUUUUGGACUCUCACAUGCUGGAGAGAGGAGACGUAAAGAGCGUGACUAUACUGGGGCAGCAGGUGGCAGUGUUACGUGGACAAGACGGCAAGGCUUAUGUGGUGGAUGCUUACUGCCCCCAUUUAGGUGCCAACCUGGCUGUAGGCGGAAGAGUGGUAGGGGGUUGCAUAGAAUGCCCCUUUCACGGCUGGCAGUUUCGAGGGCAAGAUGGGAAAUGUGUCAAGAUCCCGUAUGCAGAUAAAGUGCCCGAGUUUGCGAAGGUGCGGUGCUGGCCCAGCUGUGAGAUCAACGGACAGGUUCUGGUCUGGUUUCACUGCGAUGGGUUAGAGCCCAGCUGGAGAGUGCCAGAACAGAGUGAGAUCACACGUGGAGAAUGGGUUUACCGUGGUCGCACCGAACAUUUCAUUAAUGCACAUAUUGAGGAGAUUCCAGAGAACGCUGCGGAUAUUGCACACCUGGCUCAUCUGCACACUCCGGGCAUUGUCAGUGGCGUUGAUCUCCGCUACACCAACAGCAAGACCUGGGAGUUUAUACGACACGAUUGGAAGGUGGAGUGGAAACCAGAACCCGAGCCAAACCAGCACUGCUCACAGAUGUUGGUGAAACACGCUCUCACUGUGUUUGGACGCCACUGGCCUUUUCUUGAUUUGGACGUCCUGGCAAGACAGGUGGGUCCUGGUGUUGUCUUCCUGCUUUUUGAACACAGUUUCUUGGGGCGAGGUGUGAUCAUGCACUGCGUGACCCCCGUCGAGCCUUUACUGCAGUGUGUAUCACACACCAUCUUCUACCAGAGCAGCAUUCCUCCCCUGGUACCCAAGUUCAUUCUUCGGGCUGAAUGUAUCCAGUUUGAACGAGAUGUGAUGAUCUGGAACAACAAGACCUACAUCUCCAAACCCAUGCUUGUGAAAGAAGAUUCAGCUAUACAGAACCACAGACGCUGGUUCAGUCAGUUCUACAGCGAGAACAGCCCCCGACUGCGCUACCAACACGACACCCUGGACUUCUGACCGCAAACAACGCUUUAACCAAUAUGAACUUCAAGGAGGCAGAUACAAAUAUUUUUUUAAGUUGAUAUUUAAAUAUCUUAUGCACUAUAAAAAAUCAUUAUGCAAGAAUGCAGAUUAUGCAAACAUUUUUCUCGAGCAAUUCUUUUUAAUAAAACAUUGUUUCAACAAACAAUGUGCAAUGAAAACAAUAAAGCAAAUGCAAAAUAAAAGUGCAAUUUGAAUUUGGAAAUUACAAAAUUUUUUGUUUUUAUGAAGAAAACAUGAAGAAAACAUAUAGUUUGCUUUUUAAGUCAAAAUGAGCACCACUAACACUGUUUUCUUUUCCAUGGCGAAGACCUUUCACCCUUGUUGAAGUGCCUCAGACAAUCAGGAAUCAGUAAAGAAUAGCUGUACAUUUCUCUCUGAGCUACUAAAUUUCUUGAUUGGAGAAUCACACAGUCUGACUUUUACUGCUAUAAUUAGGAUUCAGCUGUCUGAAGAGUCCGCUGUGAUUCAGUAAGCAGUGAAUCAAAGCCCUGUGCCCUUACCGAAGCACUAGGUCAUGUAUGCAAGGCUGCACACAGAUGCAAAGAGAGAACACAGAGUUCUCAGAAGCAGAUUGUAUAACAUACAGGUGUUACUCUGCGCUUGUUUUGAUUUAACCAUUUAAUUUAAUUUUCUUGGAAGGGAUCCAUUUUCUAAGCGAUCAGACAUUUCACAUGGUGGACAUUAAAAGGAGUGAAACGUGUAAUGAAUACGAAUGUUUACGUUUACAGUUUUAUUAUUCGUUUAGUGUUUCAGGGCUUGACUGAAAGCCAUCUUUCACGUUUCAAAUAUCACCAUAAUUAGUUGUCCAUUCACCCAUUGAUACUGAUGCCUGUCAUUAUCCAAUAGACCGCACUGUGGAAAUAAGGAUCCCCAAAAUAGCUGCCAAGUAGGUUGCGCAAUUACCAGACACGUUGCCAUCAAUUAACGUCAAUGAUGGUUAUCCGCAUAUAAAGUAGCAAUACUGUUGCAGAGCCAUACAAUCGAGUUCCCUCCAAUGCCAGUCUAAAGCCCUAUUCGCACGGGAUUAGUAUUACCUGGGUACCUCUAGUCAUUUGUAAUAAUUGCAGAGGUUGUCUGUGAUCUUAAUCCCGUGCGAAUCGGCCAUGUCUGUAAUUUGUAAAGUAAAAAUUCCCCCGCAAAUUACCUACCAUAUUUUGACGAACACCAGGUCCUGUGAUAAUAUUAGUCCCGUGUUAAUCAGUAUCUCUGUGAUUUGUCGGGCUCAUACAUCAUUUUUCAAGGUUUUAUCCACCGGUUGCGAAUAAUGGAGGCUGUGUUGAAGUGUUUUGAUAUCAUUUCGGGUGCUGAGUCAUAUCCAUACUAGGGAUGUGCGAGACUAAUCGACUAGUCGUUUAAACGGUAUAGUCGAUAUUGAAAACAACAGUAGAUUACGUGUAAAAAUUACACAAAAUGUUAUAAUGUAAAUGACUUCCAUUUUAAUGUUUCGUUUAAAAAAAAAACUUUAAAUCACUUACUAAAACAAUAUGUUUGAUAAAAUAAUUAUUAAUAGACUUUAAAAGUGUAUCAGGAACGAAAUGUUUUAAUUUUAGGUCAGACCUAGCAUGCGUUUCCAUUGUGCCAAAGCUCAGGAAUGACCACUUGAAAGACGAGAUGUGGGGCUGUUUUGAAGGAGGAAAACGGGUAGGUUUUACGCAAACUAUGUCAUAUCAAAGUGGCAAAACAAUAAUUUCACUGAGCCAUGCGUAACCUUGUAUCAUGUUCUUUUUGGCGCAAUGCGGAAAAUGCAGACGGAAGCGCGGAAUGCAGGCAUAAAACGAAGAAGUAGACAAUGAUCUAAAGCUACAUACAGUUAUGUAAACAAUUACUUAAUAAUUAUCAAUAUGUUCAUAUUUAAAAUGCAGGAAAGACAGAUUUACGUUAUUUGGUGGCAGAAUGAGCUGUAAAUGCGGUGAAUGCAUCUUGAGCACACUCAAUAAAACUGAGAUGAGAAUGUCUCAGCUUCUAGAUUGACAGAACUUUGAAAUUUCUUUUAUUAUAAUGUUUAUCACAAAAAAGCACUUGAAUAAACAUGAUCGCUUAGCACUGUUGUAUGUGUGGCGCAGAUUCCUCAGACGGGGUUAUUUUUCACAAACAUUGAGCCGACUUUCAUCCGAGCAUAACGCUUGCAUUUCCUCAACAAGAACAUGUAAAAUAAUAUUAACAUCAUAAUCACAUGCGGACUCGAGUGUUCAUGUAUGUGUCAUGGUUCUGUCCCACCUUGUCUUGCUUUUCUUGACCUAGUGGCAGAACCAUGAUAGAACCUCUUGUUUUAUGUGGAGAGAGUCAGUUUUGGCAUUCCAUAUACUCCCUCUCUCCGGUGUGGCGUCUCUGUUCCCGCCCUUUCGUCUCCGGUGAUAGCUGGUCUCCCAGUCGGCCAUCCAGCCGGCGCCGUGUCCUGUCCAGCCGGCCGUCCAGCCGGCGCCAUGUCCUGUCCAGCCGGCCGUCCAGCCGGCGCCAUGUACUGUCCAGCCGGCCGUCCAGCCGGCGCCAUGUACUGUCCAGCCGGCCGUCCAGCCGGCGCCAUGUCCUGUCCAGCCGGCCGUCCAGCCGGCGCCAUGUCCUGUCCAGCCGGCCGUCCAGCCGGCGCCAUGUACUGUCCAGCCGGCUCCAUGUACUGUCUAGCCGGCCUUCCAGCCGGCGCCAUGUCUUUGUUUGGACUUUUUUUUUCUAUGUAUCACGUUUUUGGUCGUGUUUGUAUAGUUAUGUUUUUUGUCACAGUCUGUGUAGUCUUGUUUGUUCCUUGAGGAGCAUCAGGAUGCUGCUCCUUAAGGAGGGGCUUCUGUCAUGGUUCUGUUCUGUGGCAGAACCAUGAUAGAACCUCUUGUUUUAUGUGGAGAGAAUCAGUUUUGGCAUUCCAUAUACUCCCUCUCUCCGGUGUGGCGUCUCUGUUCCCGCCCUUUCGUCUCCUCGUUAUUGUUUGUUAAUUAGUUCAUGUCCUGCACCUGUCCCCUCUUGAUUUAUCCCCUUUAUAAUGCCCUUGUGUCUUCUGUCUAGUGCUGGUUCAUUGUACUGUACUGUGUCGUGUUUGUGUAAUGUGGUGAGUUCCUGUCUUUGAGUUAGUUUAGUUAGUCUUGUUCCUGUUUCCAUGUUUGUUACUUUACCCCCACGUGGGUCUUUGUUUUGUUGCUUAUUAUUUAUUAAAGUUUGUGUUAACCCCUUACCCGCUGUCUGCGUCUGGGUCCUCUGUACUGUGUCCUUGUUCCCUCACCAUUCAUGACAGUAUGUUGUAUAAAUUAGCUAAUUUGGGCAGUAUGCUUUAUUAACGGCUUUUUCAUUCGCUCUGCGCGAGAUCAAAUGUGUUCUGACUUUUUGUCCAUGGCUUUCUAUUCGCUUUUUUGUUUACACACAUGUUGCUCUUCUUUAUAAAUAAUAAAAACAUUAUAUAAUGUAGGCUAUCUUGUUGAUAUGGUAUAGGCCUACCCUAAUUAUAACAUGUAGGCUAAAUUGCGACAUAAUUAAAAAAGCAAUAUUUUUUCAAUCAACAUCAUUUUAAUAAACAAAUAAUGAAACAUUCGUUUUUAAGCUUUAAUUAAUUGUUGUUAAAUAUUUUAAGUUUCAUGACUUCAGUGUAAUAGACACACUUUUGCUAAAAUUAUAUAUAAAAAUUCAAUUAAAUUAUAGUAAUCAAAUUAGAGACCGAAAAAACAGACUUAAAGGAGAAAAUAAAAUGGAUUUUGUAUAGGCUAAAUAUUUUAAGCCCAGGCACAGACCAGCCAAAGCAAACAAAUGCUCAUCGCAUCACAUCUUGCAGCCGCUAAAACGAUCCAGUCAGGGUUGGCUCAUCAGCAUAUGCCUGUUUUAGCUACAUUAAAUAUUGUAUAUGAACAGUUUGAUUAAUAGCCUACAUUCUUUAGUCUUUAAAAUGUAUUACAUGGCCCUAUACGCAAAGUUUUUGGACCGCCUUCUGGGCCAUUCUUAGUUUUAGACUAGUGGACACGGUUACAAAACUUUCGUUUAAACGACUGUCAAAUUAGUCGUAGAGCACAUCCCUAAUCCAUACCUGCCAACACUGUCGUUUUGGCCGGGAGUCUCCCGUUUUGUUAUUUCUCAUGGAAACUCUCGUAACAGGUGGUGAGACCCGCAAUCGCGGUGAUCUGUCCGGUUCGUGAUCACUGGUCUCAAAUGAUGACAGGUACGGUCAUAUAUCAUUAAACACCAUACAACUAUAGGCUAUACAAAAUAUACUCAAAGCCCUGCCAUCAUAUCCGGUAAAUAAAUCCUUAAAUUUGAGUAAAAUCACAGGCUUCACUUAUCCCGUGCGAAUGCGCCAUGAAAUACAGAUGUGGGUAGGUAAUUUCUAAAUCACAGGACACGAGGUCCCCAGAUAAUACUAAUCCUGUGUGAAAAGGGCUUAAGUGGCAUUAAUGAAUCGGCCUGACCGUGCAGACAGCAUGUGUCUUUUAUGACAUGUACCAUGUGCUGAGGUCAUGCGCCAGUUAAUGUAUACUGUCAUAAAGCGAGAUGGAGUUGGGCGACUGCCAGAAACAUGCUAGUAUGCAGAUGUUUCGCUCUCAUUAAUUAAGUCCUCUUAAGCUCCUCUCCUGUCGAGUCUGAAGUGUCUUGUGUGUUUUGCGUCUCUGUGUUCAGACAGCAUGCAUGGCUGUACAGACUGUUCCUUUGACGUGUGUCUCUACACUGACUGCUGCAAAACACAGAGAGGAACAUUAUGACAGACACUGUGACAGUCCCUAGGCUCUCGAUAUUAGAUCUGUGAAACAUCACAUUUUUUACAAUAAUUAGGGGUUUGUAUGAACCGUAAACCCCUCCCAGGUAUGAAAUUUUGGUGCAUAAUUAGUUCCGCACUGUUUGGUUUUAUAGGCAUGAAGGAUACCCUUUAAUUGUGCUUUUACAUUUCUAAGCAAAAAAUUUUUAAUCAGGUUUAUUGUGUUAUUGCUAUGAAGAGAUCUGGGUUAAUAUGCAUUAGUGUUAAUGUAAAUGAUUCAAAAUGCAUGUUGUAUUGCAAAUUGCAAAAGUCUCUGACAUUGAAACUGAUCAUUUGGUUUCUGUUUAUAAGCACGACUGCACUUCGAAUGCACAUCUUUGUUUGUUUGUUUUUCAAUUGCAUUAGCUACAGAUGUCAUACUCAUGCAUUUAAAAAUAAACUGUGCAAAAAAUGUUGUA